AACUCAUCAACUGGUUGAAAAAAAGGAAGCAGGGUCCCGGAGAGUGUGCUGACUCUAGGCGUUGCCCACAUCACUAAGGGCAGAGGAAAUCUGCACUGCAGUUUGCUGAAUCCUUUUCAUCAUUCAGCAGAGAGAAACUCUAACCUAAGUUUUGUUGGUACCUGCACCCCAGAACUUCUUGAAAGAACAUGGCUGGCCUUCAGGACAGCACUCUGAGGAUUGUUCUGGUGGGGAAAACUGGAAGUGGGAAAAGUGCAACAGCAAACAGCAUCCUUGGGAGAGAAGCAUUUGAAUCUAAAAUUGCUCCCCAUGCUGUUACCAAGACAUGUCAGAAAGGAGAGCGACAGUGGAAGGGGAAGAAGCUUCUUGUUGUGGACACCCCAGGGCUCUUUGACACCAAGGACAAACUGGAGACCACCUGUAGGCAAAUCAGCCAGUGUGUCCUCUUCUCCCUCCCUGGGCCUCACGCCAUCAUCCUGGUUCUACAGCUGGGCCGCUACACGGAGGAGGAGCAGAAAACAGUUUCAUUGAUCAAGUUCCUCUUUGAGGAGCCAGCCAUGAAGCAUAUGAUCGUCUUGUUCACUCGCAAAGAUGAUUUGGGUGAUCAGACACUGGAUAUGUUUAUAGCAGCAUCACAGGUAAACCUGAAAAACAUCAUCAAGGAGUGUGGGGACCGCUUCUGUGCCUUCAAUAACAAGAAAAAUGCAGAUAAGGCUGAGAAGGAAGCUCAACUGCAGGAGCUGGUGGAUCUGAUAGAAGAAAUGGUACGGAAAAAUAGAGGGGCUCACUUUUCUAAUGCCAUCUACAAGGACAUAGACAAAAAGCUGAAAUGCCAGGCAGAAGCCCUGAAGAAAAUCUAUGCUGAUAAAUUACAGAAGGAAACUAAACUACUUGAAGAGCAAUGUGCUCAGGAAAAAAUACCAGAGGAAAAAGCGGAGAAGGAAAAAAAUAUAUUAUUGGAGAAGUAUAAUGAAAAAAUUAAAAAUAUUGAGGAAGAAGCUGAAAGAAAUAUAUUUCAAAAUGUUGUAGAUAUAGUUUUGAAUUCACUUUCAAAAAUAUGGCAUAUGUUUUGGAAAUGAUGUAAAUCUUAUUUAUGUUUCUUAAUUUACUAUGAUUUGUUAAUUGGUUAAUUGUACAGCAAUCUAUUCUAUCCCACCCAGUCUCAUUGUAAAUCUGAGUUUGUUUUUUCUUCUGUUGAAUUAUAGGGCUUUUCCCUACCAUAAAAUUCAAUGGGCUUUGUGACUGCUUUGACAACUAGUUUGUACUUGUGACUUCAAAAGUGAGAUAGGGAAAAUGCCUCUUUGCUCCCUAGGGUUUGUGGGCUUAGCAAUUGGCUACCAUGUGGUGAAGAAGCCCAAGUUGCCCAUUGAGAGACCAUGUGAAGAGGACUUGAAGUCACUGGCCUACUCCCCUGGCUUGUCUUUCAUCUGCCAGCAGAAACAACUUGCCAGCCACGCAAGUGAGGCAAUAUGGAAGCAGCUGCCAACUGAGCCACCUCAGAUGAAGCUGCAGAGAGCAAAGAUGGGCUAUCCCACUGCAUCCUGCCCAG